UUGUUGAGGUACGAGAGCAACAACUUCUUUGACCAGAGCAAUCAGGAUGGGCACAGAGGAGUAUGCGGGAAUCAGACCACAGAGACAAAGGGUAACAUUUCUUACAGUGUAGCUGUGGAACAUCUGCCGUCAGAUCUUAUAAUCGCCACCCAGAAGAUCAAUGUCGUCUACGCAGCAAGCACGAGAGAACUGAGGCCUCCUCCUGCUGGUGGUGGUGGCGGUGUUGGUGGGAAUGUAACAGUCUAUGGUGUUACACAGUGCCUUGAAACCAUCAGCCAGAAGGGUUGCCAAGAUUUCUUGCAACAGGGAUUCAAUGAUUUACAGAGAUGUUUUUCGAAAACUGCUGCCAGUGCCGUCAACGACGUUCUAAGCAAGAAGAUUAUAAUUGCUGCAGUGGUCGGAGGAGGGAUAGGUGGUGGUAUCCUAUUACUUGCGGUUGCCAUAGUUUUAUGGUGGGAGAAAAAGGGCAGUCUCAGCUGGAAGCAGAGGAUGGACAUAGUACUGGGUACAGCAAGGGGCCUGGCGUAUUUACAUGAGGAUUUCUAUAUGUGCAUCAUACACAGAGACAUCAAGACCGACAACAUUCUUCUGGAUGAUGAUUUUCAGCCCAAGAUUGCAGAUUUCGGGCUGGCAAGACUUCUACCGGAGAGUCGGACUCAUCUUGACACCAAGCUCGCCGGGACAAUGGGAUACAUGUCGCCUGAGUAUGCAUUGUAUAGUCAGUUAUCAGAGAAGGCUGACACUUACAGCUAUGGAGUGGUAGUUCUGGAAAUAAUCAGUGGCCAAAUGAGCAGUGAAUUAAGGCAAGAUGAAGUAGCUGAGUAUCUGCUGAAGAAGAUAUUGAAACAGACGUGGAAGUUGUACGAAAGCGGAAUGCAUACAGAACUGGUAGAUGAAACCAUAAGUCAGGAUGAAUACCCGAAAGAAGAAGAAAAGAAGGUGAUGGAAAUAUCUCUGAUGUGCACUCAACCAUCACCUUCGAUGAGGCCAACGAUGUCAGAGGUAGUUAUGUUACUGAAACGCGAAGGAUCGGUACAGCUCUAUCAGCCGCUAGCAAAGCCUCCACUGAUUGACUCCAAUGCCAACUUCCUCCCGGAAAUGUCUGGCUCGACGGGCUCCCUCACAUCAAACGCCACUUGCUCCAUCUCCGGAGUCUAUGGCAGGUAG